AUGCGGCUUCCCGCGGCCCUGCUGGCCCCUCGCGCCGUGUGGGCGUGGCUGCUGCUGGCUGCUGCUGCAGCGCGCGCAGCAGAAGAGCCCGCAGCGCCCCCCGCUGCAGCAGCAACAGCAGCAGCAGCAGAAGCAGCAGCAAAUGAAAGCCAGGGGGCCUCCAUGGCCCUGGGGGCCGUGAACUUCCUCGCGGAGGCCCUGGGGCCCUGGCUGAAGCCCUCGCAAGAGAGGUUUACGCUGCAGCAAGCACUUGUCGAGGGUUUGCUGCCGCUGCUGCAGCAGCUGGGGGGGCCCGAUGCAGCAAAGCAGCUGCAGCAAACGCUGCAGCAGUCGCUGCGGACCGAGCGCGAGCUGCUGGACACUUACGAGCGCAUGGUGGAGACGCGCGAGGCCCUCGACCUGCUGCUGGCCCAGAAAAACAGCAGCAGCAGCAGAAGCAGCAGCAGCAGCAGCAAUACCAGCAGCAGCAGCAGCAGGAGCAGCAGCAGCAGCACGAGCAGCAGCAGCAGCACGAGCAGCAGCAGCAGCACGGAACUCGAGGAGGAGGAGCAGCAGCUGCGGCAGCAAAUGGCAGAACUUGUGGCGCAUGCAAAGGAAUUAUACUUCAGCAGCGAAAACGCGAUGGGGCAGUUCCCAGGUGUACAUACACCUGAGGGUUUCCUGUCGCCGGUGCGGCGGGAGGCGGCUCGCGCGGUGGAGCGGACAGUUUUUGGAGAUUUUUCGAACUAUUUGCCUCUCGAGGCCUCAAACUGA